UUCCUACGGCGAAUAUUUACAUGGCGUCGUGAUGUCUUACUGCCUCCUCCGUUGUUUGCCCAGAUCAGAAGGGUCAACAACUUCAGCAGCGACUCAUGGUGGAAGAGGCCGUGCCCUUUGCUGCCGAAUCGGCGGACCACUGGCUCUCCCGCGCCCGCCUCCUCGCCCCCCUCGCCCUCGAGAAGGCCAGGUCCGCCAAGGGAUUCGCCAGGCGGUGGAUGUCCAUCGUUUCCAAGCUCGAGCGCGUGCCGCCCUGCCUCUCCGACCUCUCCAGCCACCCCUGCUUCGCGCGGGACGCCCUCUGCCGCGAGCUCCUUCAGUCCGUCGCCGCCACCGUCUCCGAGGCUGUCGAAUUGGCCGAUCGAUGUCGCGGCGACGUCAGCGCCUCCGUCGGCAAGUUGAAGAUGCAGAGCGACCUCGACGCCCUCUCCGGCAAGCUCGAUCUCAAUCUCCACGACUGUGGACUCGUCGUCAAGACCGGCGUCCUCGGCGAGAUGGCCCUCCCUCCGGUCGCCUCCGCCCGUCCCGGCGAAGCGGAGUACGCCAGCUGGAAUUUCCACGAGCUGCUCGCCCGCAUCCUGAUCGGGCACGCCGAUGCCAAGCACCGGGCGUUGGAUGGGCUAUUGGAGGCGAUGAGGGAGGACGAGAAGGGCGUGAUGGCUGUCCUGGGACGGAGCAACAUCUCCGCCCUCAUACAGCUGUUGACAGCAACCUCACCCAAGCUCAGGGAGAAGGCCGCCACUGCAGUUUGCUUGCUUACCGAAUCAGGAAACUGCGAGAACCUGUUGGUUUCCGAAGGAGUGCUGCCGCCGCUGAUCCGUCUUCUGGAAUCCGGGAGCUUAGUAGCAAGAGAGAAGGCAGUCAUCUCCCUACAAAGGCUGUCCCUGUCCGCUGACACUGCUCGUUUGAUCGCCGGCCAUGGUGGAAUUCGCCCGCUGAUCGGAGUCUGUCAGGUCGGCAGUUCGAUCUCUCAGUCGGCUGCUGCUGGCACGCUUAACAACCUUUCUGCUGUGCCCGAAGAGAGGCAGAGUCUUGUGGAUGAGGGAAUAGUUCGUGUCAUGAUCAAUCUGCUUGAUUGCGGCAUUGUUUUGGGAUCGAAGGAGUAUGCAGCUGAGUGUUUGCAGCACUUAACAUGCAGCAAUGAGAGCUUGAGGAGGACGGUUGUAUCCGAAGGAGGGAUUCGGAGCCUUCUGACAUACCUUGACAGACCCUUACCACAGGAAUCAGCAGUCGGUGCAUUGAAGAAUCUGGUUGGUUCUGUAUCCGUGGAUAGUCUGAUCUCACUUGGCUUGCUUCCUUGCCUUGUGCAUGUGCUGAAAGAUGGAUCUUUGGGGGCACAGCAGGCAGCCGCGGCUGCCAUUUGUAAGUUCUCCAGCUCAGCAGAAACCAAAAGAAUUGUUGGAGAAUUUGGUUGCAUACCCUUGCUUGUGAAGAUGCUCGAGGCCAAGAGCAAUGGCGCGAGGGAGGUUGCGGCACAAGCAAUUGCUAGCUUGAUGACAUAUCCUCAAAAUGGUAGGGAUGUUAAGAAGGAUGAUAAGAGUGUGCCAAAUCUGGUUCAGUUGCUUGAUCCCUGUCCUCAGAACACCGCAAAGAAGUAUGCGGUCUCUUGCCUUUUAAUUCUGUUGUCGAGCAAAAUGUGCAAGAAGAUGAUGAUUUCACAUGGUGCAAUUGGUUAUCUCAAGAAGCUCUCCGAUAUGGACAUUCCAGGCACAAAGAAGUUGCUUGAGCAACUGGAACGAGGCAGAUUACGGAGCUUGUUUAGCAGAAAAUAGAUUGAAAUUCUGUCAAACUCUGCCUUUGACCUUGCGUGCCUUAUGUUUCACUGUCCCUUUGAAACAUAAAACAAGUCAUACACAUCAUCCCAAAUGGCUGGUCAUUGCAAUAUAAUUGGAGUUAGCUGGAGUUGGAAAUGAGCGGAGGCUAAAUUGGAUAACUACACUAGUUUUCAAUACGUCAACCAGUGCAAAAAUGCUUGUGCACAACAAGGAAAUCUUGGCUUGCCAUUGUCACUUAUAUCAGGUACAAUUUUCACCUUAUUUAACUGGUUAAUACAGUCAUUUUUCUCUA